AUGAGUAAAGCAUAUAAAGACAUAAGAGCAAAUUUUGUAUUUGAUGUUGGCCCAAAAAGUACACAUCAAUCGAGUGAGGAUUUGCCAGUUCAAGUUAAAUAAUCAGACCAUAUAAAAAUUGAUAAUUAAUUAUAGAAUAUAGAGGAAAUAAGUUAGCAAAGAGCAUAAAAUUUUGAUGAUGAAAAGUUAAAAUCAUAUUAAAAAAUGUUCGAGAUGUGCUAAUAAUUAUAUAACGAUAAAGCUUAAUUAAUAGAUGUAUAAAAGUAUUUAAUAAGAGACAGUUGAUUAAUAGUAGAAAUAAAUAAUAGAACUGGAAAGAUAAAUAAAUGAAUAUGAGAAUUUAUAAUCAAAUUAUGAGAAGGAACAGUUGUAAUUAAAAGAAGAAUAAUUAUAAUAUGUACAGGAGAUUGAAACAUUGACAUGUCAGUUAUAGUUGGUGAUGGAUUAAAGAUAGGAUAUAAAUUAGAUGUAAGACAAUUAAGAUGAACUUUAUGAUUAACUAAUAAAUUUUAUUUGUAAAGAGAAUCUUUUAGAUUUGAUAAAUGAGAUGGAUAGAAGUAAUAAAAAGAUGAUUGUAUAGUUUUUAGUAGAAUAUGUAAAUUGUUGUUUUGAUGGUUUAGUUAAUGAACUAUUAUGUAUAAAAAAAAAAUCAGGAGGAAAAAUACUAGAGUCACAUAUAGGAUAAUAUUUAAAUAAUAUUUGAUUUAUAAAGCAAAAUAUAAGAUCUAACUUGUAAUCCUUUUAGAAUAACAACUCCAAAGAGUGUAUUGAGUGAAACUUUGAAAUAGAGCAAAAUGAGUAACAGUGCUAGCAAUUUUCAUAAGAUCAGUAAUAAUUAAAAUGCUGAUAAAGAGGAAUUGCUAUAAAAGAUUGGUAUGUAUUUGAAGUUACUUAGCUUAUUUAAAGAAUCAAGGAAAGUAAAUAAAUAAAAAAUGGUAAGAAUUUUGUGAGAAUAUUUUAAGAGAAAGGAAUGAAGUAAUAAAAUACCAUAAGAAAUAAAUUGAAUCAAUAAGUGAGCAUAAUAAUGAGUUGAAGAAAACUAUCUCUGAAAUUGUAUAAUAUUUGGGAUAGAGUUAACAAGAAUUGUGGAUACAGAUGUUAGAUAUUAAAUAAUAAAUAUAUUUGAAAGUAGUUGAUUUGAGUAAGAGUGAUAAUAUAAAUAAACUAUUGGUAGAAGCAGAACUAAAACAGUUAUUCUCAAUAUAGGCAUAAAUAAGAAGUCAAUUAAAUCGUAAUAGACCAUUAAGAAAAGAUUUAUAAUGAAUUAUAUGUUAAAGAGAUAAUUGUUGAGUAGUAUACGUG